UAUGACAGGGCGUUUCAUCACCGUGCUGAAUAGCUAACGUAUCUCAACGUAGCGAUAAUAGUACGGGUCAUGUUUCUUUCAGAUUUCGGUCUGCAUGCGACAGUAUGAAGCUCCCGAGGAGGAGUUGCGUGAGAGGAACAAGGCGAAGGAAUCCUGCAUGAGGCGGCUGCUGCCGGACGUGGCUCCAGAAAGGUUGGAGUCUGUCUUCGUCGAGUACUUGAAGAAUAGGAGCGCCUACUUGGACGAUGCGCUAACCCUCUGCUCCUACUUAGAGACUCCAGCAGGUAAAUGGGCCAGAGAAGAUCUGAUCAUCCGCUACAACUGCGUCAGAGAACUGCUACCUCACCUGCCCAGCCGUGCGCGUUCGGCCCUGUCUUUUCGCUUGGGGCUGGACGUGCAGGCAGGGGUCAUCGACAAGAUGUUGCGCUGUGAAUCGAAAGGCGGCUCGCCGUUUGCGUUUGAAGGCAUCCUCCAGCCCGAAUACCUGCGCUGCCUGUCCGUCCGGCAUGAGCGUCCGCAUAGUGCCGAGAUGUUCGAUUCCUCAACGGUGUAUGACAAUCCGGAUCCCAAGCAGAAGAUGAACCUGUGCGUCAUGCAUAAAAGAUCUUCCAGUGAGGCAUUCAUGGAGUACAGACAAUACCGAACCUCGGCAGAAAAAGAGAACAGGAGACUGGAGGUAUGA